AUGCCAAAUCUUAACGAUAAUAGACGACAUGAAAUAUCAUCAACAUCAAUUCAUCAUCAAUAUAAACUGCGUACACAUGUUAAUGAUAAACUGAUAGAUAGUCUAAAUCGAGAUUUUCGGCCUAAUGAUGUUAAAUUAAUGAUUCUCAAGGAUGAGUUUGAUCCACUUUCAUUACAAAGCAAUAACAAAGAUAUAAAAAGUGAGCAAGAACGUAAGAGUGUAAAGCAGCUUGAAAGAAAUGACCUUUUGCGUGUUAUAAAUGAAUUCUAUCGGAAUGACGACGUUAAAAAAUUAGCUACUGAUCGAGGCCUUGAUCUUCAACUCUUUAAAAAUGCUUAUGUUAGUUUUCGAAAAUUUCUUAUUCAAUCAGCUGUUUUACCUGUUGACUUUCAAAUCGUAUUAAAUGAUAUCAUAUGUGGUGCUGGUAUUGUUACUGAUAUGUUUCCAUUUUUUUUCCGGCAUGCACAACAAAUGUUUCCUCAUUUGAUAUGUAUGGAUGAUUUGAAAAAAAUCAGUGAUUUAAGGAAUUCAGCUGACUGGUAUCCAGAUGUGAGAGCUUUACGGCGGAAAAUUAUUUUUCAUGCUGGUCCAACAAAUAGUGGCAAAACGUAUCAUGCACUUCAACGUUUUAUGAAUAGUGAAAGUGGAAUUUAUUGUGGACCUUUAAAAUUACUGGCAUCUGAAGUUUUUCAUAAAACAAAUGCUGCUGGUACAAAAUGUGAUUUAGUCACUGGUGAAGAACGUCGUUUUGGUGAUUCUGAUGGGAAAGCGGCGAGUCAUAUCGCAUGUACUGUAGAAAUGACCAAUUUAAAUACUGUUUAUGAUGUGGCUGUUAUUGAUGAAAUUCAAAUGAUUCGCGAUCCACAGCGUGGUUGGGCAUGGACACGAGCUUUACUUGGUAUUCAGGCAAAAGAAAUUCAUUUAUGUGGAGAAAUUUCCACGAGAGAAUUAAUAGAAGGCUUAACGGUUAUCAGUGAUGAUGAACUUGAAAUUCGAGAAUAUCAACGAUUAACAAAAUUAAAUUAUUUAGAUCGAGCAGUAGAAACAUUCGAUAAUGUGAAACCUGGCGAUUGUUUUGUAUGCUUCAAUAAAAAUGAUAUAUUUCAUGUAACUCGCGAAUUAGAAAGACGUGGUCAUGAAGUUGCUGUUAUAUAUGGAUCUUUACCACCAAGUACUAAACUAUUACAAGCUCAACGUUUUAAUGAUCCAAAUGAUUUAUGUAAAAUCAUGGUUGCUACAGAUGCCAUUGGUAUGGGUCUUAAUUUAAGUAUCAAACGUGUCAUUUUCUAUAGUCUGUCAAAACCACAAUUAAAUGAACAAGGUGAGAAAGAAAAAAAUUAUGUAACAACAUCGCAAGCUCUACAAAUUGCUGGUCGAGCUGGAAGAUUCGCAACUGCAUUUCCGGAUGGUGAAGUAACAACAUUUCGACAUGAUGAUUCCUUGGUACUGAAAGAUAUUAUUCAUCGACAAGUAGAAACCAUCAAACGUGCUGGACUACAUCCAACUGCUGAACAAAUUGAAAUGUUUGCUUAUUAUCUACCUAAACAUUCACUGUCGAAUUUAAUGGAAACAUUUAUAAAUCUUUCACAAUUAGAUAAUAAUUUAUUCUUUAUGUGUAAUAUUGAAAAUAUGAAGUUUCUGGCAGAUAUGAUUGAACAUGUUCCAUUACCGAUUCGAGUUCGCUAUGUAUUUUCAUGUGCUCCAAUCAAUAAAAAUAUGACUUUUGUUUGUUCUAUGUACUUGAAAUAUGCUCGUCAGUUCAGUCUCAAUGAACCAGCUACCUUUGAUUGGCUCUCUAAACAUGUAGAUUGGCCACUUAAAACGCCGAAUACAAUUGCCAAUUUAGUUCAUUUAGAAGAAGUUUUCGAUUGUUUUGAUCUUUAUUUAUGGCUUAGUUCUCGUUUUAGUCAAAUGUUUCCAGAUAAAGAAUUAGUUCAAAGUAUUCAAUCAGAACUCGACCGAAUUAUCCAUACUGGCAUACGAAACAUUACUAAACUGGCUCAUCAAGUCGAUCAUCUUCCAGAUGCUAAAGACCAUAUUGUUAAAAAUUCUCGUUUAUCGUCAUUAUGUUGA